AGCGAACGAUCUUGAUGUGUCGAUUUUAAAACGGUCGUUGUUUUUAUGCACAAAUCCAUUAUGGCGUAUAAGUUCUCCAUAUGCGAUAUGAAUAGGGCGAAUAAUUUAUAAUUUAAGUACUACAUGCCGAUAAAUAAUGAGUUUAGCACUGCUUUGUUUUCCUUGUUGUGUAGAUGAGCAGCCUCCGCCUAGAAAAAGGCCAAAAAUUGAUAGAACACAGAUAGGAUUACCAACUAAUUUUCAGCAUACUGGACAUAUAGGUUCUGGUGAAGUCGCUGCUGGAUUUGACGUCCACCAGGUUCAAAACUCUAUGCAAUCUAAAGGUGGUUAUGAACAACGACUACUAUCAUCAAAUAGUAACACUUCACCUAAUUUAUCUAAUUCAAAUAAAACUUCGCCUAAUCAAAUAGAUUUAACUCAUGAACAUAGGACUCAAGACAGUUCAAAUAGUUCCUGACAGUUUGCUGUUGUUUCAUCUUCAGCUUAGUUACAAAGAUUUUUUGUCGAUAUUGUUUUCAUAAGAUGUUUAUUUUAAUGUUUUAAGAUCUCACGUAUAACUUAGUUAACUAUUAAGAAUCGUUAAAUUUUAACGUACGUCUAGAUUUUAUUAUUCGUUACUGCAAAAGAAAAAAAUAUGUUGUUUAAAUUUCUUUAGCUAAAUUAUUCGUGAGAAAUUAUCUCUGAUUCUUUUUAAUUCAAGAGAUAACAAACUUUAUCAAAUGUGUUUAUAGCUGUUUUGUUUAUUUUUUUUUUGUUUUGUUUUGUUGCUUUUUUUUUAUUUUGUAAUUAUUUCGCUACUGUUAUUUUUCGUUUUUAAAAAUAUUUUAUUUCAAGUUGACAAAUGCAUGCAAAUUAAAAAAAUGCAAAAACUCUGUUAAAAGUUGUUAAAGAAUUCUUCCUGAAUAUUCUGUAUUUGAUAUUAAAAAUGUCAAGACCUAA